AUGCCUAAAUGUGUACCAAGGGAAGAAAAACCUUCUUAUCCAGGAGGAUAUCCACGACCGCCAUAUAGCAUUACAGAAAAACAAUCUCCACCACCUCAAGAAGGAUCCACACUUCCGUUGAGUGAAAGCUCAGGAGGAUCUACAUCAGAUGCCCUUAACGAGCAGGAAGUAAGCACUACGAUGGAAAAUUAUUCAUCUACGGAUAAAGAAACAACUACAAACAAAUAUACUGAGAAAUCAACUGAAAGAAAGUUCCUACAAUCAACUGCAAGUGAGGGAAAUACAACGCAAGCUGCAAGUGUUUUUAUUCAACAAUCUGGAGAAGUAACGAGCAGAAGUGUGGGAUAUCCUAACGCUGGGUUGACAGCAACUGCAAGUAGAGAAGUCAAAUCAAGCAAGCGAACUUUAACAAGGGGGAGUAGUAAAAGUCCCUAUGCCAACUCUAACGAAACAGCCUACACAGAAACACCUGUGAGUCAAGGAACGCAACCAAGAACUUAUGAAAAAAACCAUACAGACAUACCAGUUGAAGAAAAAACACAAUCAAACACAGAAAUAUCAAGUGGAGGAACACCAAAUGCAAAUAAUGGAGAAACAGCGAAGGACGUAAGUGUUGUGACUUUAAAAACGGCACGUGCAAGAAGUAGCAAAAAUCCCCUCAGUUCCACAGAAAGAGACACAACUGGACAUAAACUUUGGGAAGGACAAAGCACCACGCGAGCUACACAUCAUUCAAGUGAGAAUACAGAAUCAAGUACAGAAACACGAAAGAAUGCAGAAACGACCACGAGUGGAGAAGUUGAGUGUACUAUGGCCACUACUAACGAAUUUACCAAAUCAAGUGAAAAAAUUUUUUUUACUGGAGAACAAUUAAGUGAAGAGACUAAACCCCAUUCAAGCGUGGAAACACCAUUAACAGAAAUACUGGCGUCCGGAAGUGAACAAAAACUAGCAAGCGCAAGUAGUGAUAGUUCCAGCAUCAGCUCUAGAGAAACAGAUUAUCCAGAUCAAACACCAUUUUUCCUCGCUACCACAUUAUUGGAAAUAUCACCAAUGACUGAACAGUCCCGAUCCUCCGUGCAAACAGCUACUGAGCAGUCCCCAGCCUCUCCAGCAUCCGAGAUGACUCCAGUAACUAAGCGGUCCUCGGCCUCUCCAGCAUCCGAAAUGUCUGCAGGGACUGAGCAGUCCCCAGCAUCUCCAGCAUCCGAAAUGUCACCAGUGACUGAGCAGUCCCCAGCAUCUCCAGCAUCCGAAAUG